CGAAAAAGAAGAAGAAAUAAAAACGGCUGGUCAAGAAACAUGUGGGUCGUUUGUGUUUCUGUGAAAUAUUGAGAAAAUGAAGUAGUUGGCGGUAAACAUGCACGGAUCGACACGUUCAGUCGAGUUGAAGAGAUCUGUGUGCGUUAGGUUUCAUUGAGUUUAAACGGCUGACAUGUUUCGGGCAGCUUGUAAAAACAGUUUGCUGGCUUGUGCUAAAGGGCACUUACACAGAUUGAGUGUCAACCCUGCUGUCAGGUGUCGCUUUUCUAAAAUAUCUCCAAACAUACAGCUGGAAAACACCAGAUGUCUGAAGACCGGGAUCAUUCACACCUGUACACCCGCUGGAUUCACUUCACCGUCAGAUGGGAACCUUCACAGAGGAAGAAAUCACAGCUCUGAACUUCUGACAUCUGUUAUAUGUCGAUCGAAACUGCAUGAUCAUCACUACAGUCUUCGCGUGCAGCUGUUCAACUCUCGAGGUCUGACUUCUGGCUUCAGUCCACGUGCUUCAAAUGGAUUUUGUACUAAAGCACCGAGAAAGGAAGCUUCACAACAGGAUCGAAGGGAAACAGAUGAAGAUGAAAGAGUUUCGUCAUCUUCACCUCCAAAUAAUGAGCGACAUUUCCAGUUUAAAGAGCUGUAUGAGAAUCCGUGGACGAUCCCUAACUAUCUGUGCGUGGCUCGGAUUCUGUUGUCUCCGCUUCUGGGAUAUUUAAUCAUGGAGCAGUAUUUUCACGUGUCUCUGGGACUGUUUGUUCUGGCUGGAGCAACGGAUUUGAUGGACGGUUACAUCGCACGUAAUUGGCCCAAUCAGAAAUCAGCUCUUGGCAGUGCUUUGGAUCCAUUGGCUGAUAAGAUUCUCAUCAGUGUGCUGUAUGUUAGUCUGACAUAUGCACAUCUCAUACCAGUUCCUCUGACAGCACUGGUGAUAUGUCGAGAUGUGGCGCUGAUCGCUGCUGUUUUCUAUGUCAGAUAUAAAACCGUUCCUGCACCAGUCACACUCAGUAAAUUCUUCAAUCCCUGCUACACAACGGCUCGCUUAAAACCAACGCUCAUCAGCAAGAUCAACACUGCGGUUCAGUUAUUUCUGGUGGCGGCGUCUCUGUCGGCUCCUGUGUUUCACUUCACUGACAGUGUUUUACUGCACUCGCUGUGGUACAUUACUGCACUGACCACCACAGCGUCUGGAUACAGCUACUAUCAUUACGGUAAAAAGACUGUUGAGGUGCUGAACAACACCAAAUAAUUCAAUGAUCAUCUGUGGAGAAUCCCUCUCUCUCUUCAAACUCUGCAGCGUUUUGUAGCCAACAUCUGUAUAAAGACAGAAGUUAUUUUCAUGACUGUAUUUAAAUCACGUGAUGUCACCUGUUAUCAUGCCUUUCAGCUUCACAAGAAGUGUUUUUUUUUUUUAAUCACUUUUAAUCAACUCAAAGGCGAUUUUCAGAAUAAAAAUCAAGAUCAAAUGCAAUGUUUAAUGUUUGUACAGGUACAUGUUUCAAGUUAGACGGUUGACUGUAGAAACCAUCACACUACACUUUCUGUUCCAUUGACUUAUAUUCAUGCGCAAAGAGAUUAAUUUAAUAUAGAGCCUUAUAUACUGUUUCAUCGGAAGCACGCGUGCGCGCCUGACCCCCAGUUAACUUCCGGUUUGUGUUUGGCUAGUAUCUAAUAUAACUUUAUAUCAUUUAUGUUAAUAUUAAUUUAUUGUAUAAUAAUUGUAUUAAAUAAACGAUUUGUUGAAUUUUGUUGUAUGUUCAUUUUAUUAAAUAAACAAUUUGUUGAAUGUGUUCUGUAGUUCGGUCGCAUUUAAAGAAACCGUGUGGUACACUGACAUCUAGCUGUUGAGCUUGGUAUCGCAGUCUGAAUUCUUAAUAUUUGAGAGUCUAGUUUAGCCAAGGAACUGUUCUUCUCGGUUUCUUUUGAUUGUUAUCAGAAAUAAUUACAGGUGCUCUAUUGUUUUUGAAGGUGUACCGGAAGUUGGAUGGGGUCACAAAAGUGCGCAUGCGCAGUAACGUUUGUUUUUGUUAAGAUGAAACCGUCUAUAGGCAAAGGACUCUGCUGCGUACCAAUCCGCAUACUAUCCGUCCUAAAGAGUAUUCGAAAAUAGAAUUAGUGUGUCCCAAAUCGUAGUAUGUUGAAAAGAGUACUCCAAAGAUUCCCAGAUGGUGUACUACUUCCGGUAGAAAUUGGAAGUGCAGAAUGAUGCAUGUUCUCACCGCGAGUAGGCGGAGUUAAGUGACGCUCCACUGCAUUAAUAAAAUUCAAUAACUGAUGCGUCAGUAAAUUAAUGAAUAUAAGCACAGAGUUAAAGGAACAAUACGGCUUUUUUAGGAGGAUCUAUUGAUAGAAAUACAAUAUAAUACACAAAACUAUUUCUUCAGAGGUGUAUAAAGACCUUACGUAAUGAACUGUUAUGUUUGUAAUACCUUAGAAUAAGAUGUUUAUAUCUACAUACAGAGCGGGCCUACAUGCAUUGAAUUCGCCGCCAUGUUUUGUACAGCAGCCCUAAACGAACAAACAACUCUACAACGCGCGUUUCCUCUUCCUCUCUGCUGUAUCGUGGUGAAACGGAUCGCGGGAUGAUCCGUACGGAUCGUGCUCCGGGGCGGAACGCAUGUGACCCGCGGAUUAACUGAACGUUUAUUCAUCGAGUAAAAGAGUCAAACGCGCUCUUGCUCGCUCUCCAGUUUCAGCUCCAGCGCUCUCUCUCAAUUUCAAUUUUCAAUUUCAAGGUACUUUAUUGGCAUGAUUGCGUGUUCUUACAAUAUUGCCAAAGCAUUGAACAUAUAACAAAAGACAUACAUUAAGUACAAACAUGAGAUUAAAAAAUUUUUUUUAACUAAGGUGCUGAGUAAGGCAUAAAUAUAGAAUGAAAUAUAAAAUAGUGUAUAUGUAAGUAAACAAAUUAAAUAUGGAAAUAAAAUCUCAAUAUCAAAAGUAGAUUUCAGGCAGAAACUCUCUCUCUUCAGUAUCUGGACGAGUACAAUAUUAGAGCGGUUCCAGAUAAACAAUGACGCUCAAAACUGCUCCGUCACACAUCUAAUAUUACAACAACAACAUAUCUUGGUAUGUUAGCAUAUUACUCACAUACUGAUCCGAAUCAAAGCAACCUCCUCGGGGGUGAUUCUUAGACGAUCUUUCUCUCCAACGUCUCUCUGCUGGAAAGUAUCUCCAUAGAUAUCUGUGAGUACAUAUCUGCUAAAAGCCUCAGUCCUACCGUGUCUCUGCUGUAAAGUCUUUAUAAUAUUAGCGCAGGUCCUAGCUCCUGCCUGACUUUUAUCCUUCUUUUUAAACUUAAAAUCCACAUACCUUUUAUUUUAUGUAAUACAUAAGUCAUUGCUCUUUCUACAGUCUUUCUAAUGCUCGCAAAAUCUCUUCUCUGCGUCAACAUGAGAACGACAUCUUUUUGUACUGUGGUGGCCACCGUCGUGUUUGGACUGAGCGAUUCGUGGCAAAUCUAUAAUACAACGCUAGUGGCCGCUGUUAAUCAACAACUGCGCCUUUAACAUCACAUAUGAAACAAUGAAUGAAUACAUACUUCAAUGGAAAGAAGAGGUGUAUUUGAUGUGUGUGACAGUUAAUGGCCACAAUGUUGUCUAGGCAACAACGGCCACUUCCGUUUCCUGUUUGGCCCUGUCCCAAAUGGCGCACUCCGGUCUUGAGGACCUCCUCUGAGUCCACACUUGGUGACGUCAGUAAGUGCAGACCUAUAGGGCACUAGGCACGAGUCCAUAAGGGUACAUGGGAGUGCAUUUUGGGACAGACUUGAGGUCAUCACGCUGGAAAGAGCAAGCGGUGCUUUCUAAUCACUCUCGCGGUACUUUGUUGUCAUUCGCUGAUCAGUCUGCGCAGCGCCGCGUGAAGUCGGCCACACUUGAACCAUUGUUGUUAUUUGGGAGAAUUGGGACAGGAGCUGCCUGUUUUUAUUCUUCUGUAUUUCAUAUGUUGAUAUGCCACCCUAGCAUUAUGCAAUAGAAAGUUAUGUUUGUAAAUACAACUGCUUAUGUAUAUUUAUUUAUUUGUAUAUACUAUACUUAAUGUGCAUAAUGUGUUCUUCAUAUGCAUAUAUGUUGUUAUUUCAUAUAUCUCUGUAAUACAGAAGCUGUGUUGUUCAGCUUUACAGAACCCAGAAACAACUAGAUAUAAAUCUACAACAAAACAUGGCUUAUUACCUUAAAGGCGGGGUAACCGAUUUCCGAAUUACGCUUUAGACAACUGAGUCGGGCCGAGUACCUAAACAACCUUGUAGCCCAUCAGCAGUAAGGUGCACAGUGAACAGGACGGACAUUAGUCGAGCCGAGCGCUGACGAAAGCGUAAGAUGGGGGUAGGGGUGUGUUUGAUUUGGUGAUUUGAACAUCAGCAACGGCUCAGAGAAAUCUGACACCCCGCCUUUAAGAAAAUGCACUGCAUUAAAAGUUUUUAUUCUUGAAUAGCUGGCUUAAUAGAAAAUAAAUAAGCAAUAAUGUUGAAUAAGAAAUUAAUUUUGAAUUUUAUCAAAACACAUUUAGCAAUGUAUCCGUCAUGUUUAUACGUAUAUGUCUGACAUCCAUGACACUCCUCCCAUCCAUUCUGUGAUUGGGCGUUCGCAAGGACUUCUGGGUUGUAAGUUGUGUGGAGCCUGCUGCAGUGCGGGCUUCGCCGAAGACCGCAUCAAGGGCACAAAGGGGUCGCUGAUGAGCACACUUCAGAGCGUAAACAUGACAAAUGGGACACCCUACGGACUCGUAGACUUGGCGAGCAUGCGCAAUUUAAGUCCACGAGACCGCAAGUCCACAUGAAGUGCGCCAUUUGGGACAGGGCCUAUGUUUCGCUACACACGAAAAUGUAUAUACUUUUCCAUAACAAAACCAGUACAUACUUUUAGUGCAUAGUAUAAGUAGGUGAAUUGGGAUGCAGCAUUCGUGUGUAUAUAUGAAGAGUUUGGUUCCAAAAUGAGAUAACUCCAUUUUUA